CCACCAAACCUCCCAAAGUCUUCUUGACCCUAAAACCUUAAUGAACACUCCAAGAAACUGAAAAGUCUUUCUUAUUUCUUUAUGUUUAGUACUUAUAUCCUAAGCAGCUGAAAUUUCUAUUACUUGUUACUCAUUCUUGGUAUAGCAUCUUAGAAAAAAGCACUUCAUAACAUCAUGAAUUCACUCUUCUUUCUCACCAUCUUCUUGGUUUCCAUCUUCCAAACCUCUGUUACCUGCAAUGAUAUUGCUGGUUCUGACAUUCACUAUCCCUUCACCACCCUUUAUGGCUUCGACCUUUCUCACAAAGACAACAUCACCACCAUCCAUUUUCCAUCCUACGGCGAUCUAACAGUCAAGUCCAUCUCCUAUGACAGCAGAAAGAUUGAUCUUCUUGAUCCAAAGAACUGCGUCCCUAGAGUCUUUCUCAACCUCAACCUCACCCUCACUCCGUUUCAAUACUACUACGUUCUUCAAAACUAUACAUACCUCAAUUGCUCCACUAAACUUCUACAUACAAAUUUCAUCGAGGUUCCGUGUUUAAGCGAUUCAAACUCUCAUGUUUACACAGUUGACCCUGAAGUUUCUCUUCCUAGUUCAUGUAGAAUAGUCAAAACAGUUGCUAUUCCUUUCAAAUAUAGCCCUUAUAUUUCAGAUAACAGUCUUGGUCUUAGAUUAACAUGGAAGUUGCGUGCAUCUGAAGAAACCAAACAAGGAAACAAGACUAGAGGUUCUGACACAAAACGCAAUACUGUUUUUGGAUUGAGUAUCUGUUUCAUUGUGAUGGCAACAGUUGUAGGCAUCAUCAAGGUUCAUCUGUCUUUGAGGAAUUUACAUAAGAAAGAAGAACAGUUGUUGGCAGAUUUCUAGAACAUGGUUUUCAGAUGCAACCAUUAUUAUCAAAUUUAGUGUUGUUCAGUUUUUGUAUAAUAUGUAGGAUAUGAUGUGUAACAACCCUAUGCAACCGUUUCUAGCGGUGUUAGAGAAUCAAAGAAUGCAAAUAGGAGUUGAAUGUACUUUUCUUUUUCUCUUUC